AUGUCACCGCGGAUCCUCAUAUUUGGCACCGGCAGCAUCGGCGCCGUAUAUGCGUACAUCUUCUCCCGCGCCAUCCCCAGCGAGAACAUCUUCGCCGUGUGCCGAUCCAACUACGCCGCAGCUUCGUCAGGAGGAUUCACAAUCAACUCGACCCUCUUCGGCCAGAACCUGAAGGUGCGUCCGCGAGUGGUCCGCACCGUCGACGAGGCCGUGUCCCAGUCGAAUGGCAAAGCAUUCGACUACAUCAUCGUCACGGCAAAAGCCGUCCCCAGCACGCCCUCGCUUCCAGAGCAAAUAUCCCCUGCCGUGUCCGAGACCAGCACCGUCGUGCUGGUCCAGAACGGCAUCGCAAUCGAAGACAUCUACUCCUCCGCGUUCCCGCGCAACCCUUUACUCAGCUGCGUCGUCUACCUCCCCGCCACGCAGACGUCCCCCGGCACCAUCUCGCACGGCGAGAUCGAACGGCUCCACAUCGGCACGUACCCAGCGACGGCUCCGCCGUCACACAAGACGGCCGCAGAGUCGUUCGCGUCGCUCCUCGAGUCCGCAGGCGGGACGGCCUUCGUGCACGACGACGUGCAGGCCGAACGGUGGACCAAGCUCGUCGUCAACGCCGCGUGGAACCCGAUCUGCGCCCUCUCGCAGAGCCGCGACGUGCAGUUCAUGCACUCGUCGCCCGAGGCCACGGCGCUCGUCAGACGCGUCAUGCUCGAGAUCGCCGCCGUCGCCAACGCCGCGGGCUACCCGGAGCUGUCCGAGUCCACGGUCGACCACCAGCUCGGCCGUGCCCAGGCGCGCUCCCUCCCCGGCGUCGAGCCCAGCAUGAUGGCCGACGCCCUGGCCCGUCGGAACAUGGAGGUCGACGCCAUCGUCGGCAACGCCCUGCGCGUCGCCGACGAAAAGGGCGUCCAGACCCCUCUCCUAAAGGUCAUCUACGCCCUGAUCAAAGCCCUCGAUGAGAGUCUCCAUCGCAAAUAA